AUGACAACCACAUUUUCAGGAAAUGCGAAUGAAUCUAGAGUUGGCAAUCAUUUAAGUAGUGGAGUGGCAACACCAUUCCAAAAAAUAAAGAAUUUGAUUCAAAGUCUCGCAAAGAACACAGAAUCCAAAGUUAUUGCUCAAAUUGAAAAAGAGAUUAAAGUAGCAUUGGAAGAAAUACCUAAAGAUGAUAUAGAUAUCAUUAAAAUAGAUUUGCCACCUAUUAAUGCCAACAAACGUGGGAAAGUUCUUGAAACUAUUCAUAAUAUUUUCCAAGUUGAAAGGAUUGAUGAUGAACUGUUCAUCAAA